GUGAGGCUUUUCUCUCUUCAGCCAACCAAUAGACUGGAGUAACUCUCUGCAGGGGAAAAAAGAGACAACAAACUGCACUGAAGAGGGAAUUCACAGCGGAUCAGAGUAGUUUAGUCUAAAGAGUUAUUCAAAGGGAUUUGUGGGAGGACACUGGCACAGUUUGUCCAUUAUCACCUUAUUUAAAGGAGCUAUUGGGAAAAGCAGAACAAGGACUCCAACAUUUGCUUUAAACCAUAUGGGACUAUUUCACAUCUGAAGUGAUAUAGGAGAACCUGUGCACGGUUUCUGUGGCGGCUGUGGUUUGUCAUCAUGGCACAUGCAGCAGCACACCUGAAAAAGGCACGGGAACUGGAACAACCUCCUGAGAUAAAGGCUCUCGUAAAAGCCAGAGAGAGACGCAAGAGACACAGAGAGAGAGCAGAGCGCAAACGCAAGUCGGACAGUAACACCAGCUUCCUGAGGGCAGCCAGGGCAGGUAAUGUUGAAAAGGUGCUGGAGUUCCUCAAGAGCGGACAGGACAUUUCCACAUGCAACCAGAAUGGACUCAAUGCGCUCCAUCUAGCAGCCAAAGAGGGUCACGUGGAGCUGGUGGAGGAACUUGUGGAGAGGGGUGCGACCGUGGACUCUUCAACCAAGAAAGGGAACACAGCAUUGCACAUUGCUUGUCUAGCUGGGCAGAAAGAAGUUGCGAAGUUGUUGGUGAAAAGAGGAGCAGAUGUAAACUCGCAAUCACAGAAUGGCUUCACUCCACUUUAUAUGGCUGCUCAAGAGAAUCACCUGGAUGUUGUGCAAUAUCUUCUGGAGAAUGGUGGAAACCAGAGCAUGGCCACAGAGGAUGGCUUCACUCCUCUGGCCAUUGCUCUGCAGCAGAGUCAUAAUCAGGUGGUCUCUCUGCUGCUGGAACAUGACACAAAAGGUAAAGUCCGCCUGCCUGCGCUCCACAUCGCUGCCCGCAAGGAUGACACCAAGUCUGCUGCUUUGCUGCUUCAGAACGACCAUAAUGCUGAUGUCCAGUCUAAGAUGAUGGUCAACAGGACUACAGAGAAUGGAAAGAGUGGCUUCACUCCUCUGCAUAUUGCUGCUCACUAUGGUAACGUUAAUGUGGCCACCCUGCUGCUCAACAGAGGGGCUGCUGUAGACUUCACAGCCAGGAAUGGUAUAACCCCUCUUCAUGUGGCCUCCAAACGAGGAAAUACAAACAUGAUUGCUCUGCUGUUAGACAGGGGGGCUCAGAUUGACGCCAAGACCAGGGAUGGGCUGACACCACUGCACUGUGCAGCCAGAAGUGGACAUGACACUGCAGUGGAAAUCCUGCUUGAAAGAGGAGCUCCCAUACUGGCACGGACCAAGAAUGGCCUUUCCCCGCUGCACAUGUCUGCUCAGGGUGAUCACGUCGAAUGCGUGAAACACCUGCUGCAACACAAGGCACCGGUUGAUGAUGUCACACUGGACUACCUGACCGCCCUUCAUGUUGCUGCCCACUGUGGUCACUACAGAGUCACAAAAUUACUACUGGAUAAGAAAGCAAAUCCUAAUGCCAGAGCACUGAAUGGCUUCACUCCUCUGCAUAUUGCCUGCAAAAAGAACAGAGUGAAAGUCAUGGAACUGCUGGUUAAAUAUGGAGCCUCAAUUCAAGCUGUCACUGAGUCCGGCCUGACCCCAAUCCAUGUUGCAGCAUUUAUGGGGCACCUCAAUAUUGUUCUCCUGCUGCUACAGAAUGGAGCCUCACCUGAUGUCUGUAAUAUUCGUGGCGAGACGGCAUUGCACAUGGCUGCAAGGGCAGGACAGAUGGAGGUGGUGCGAUGUUUGCUAAGGAACGGCGCUUUGGUGGAUGCCAUGGCCAGAGAGGACCAGACACCCCUUCACAUUGCGUCACGUCUGGGUCAGACAGAGAUUGUGCAGCUGUUACUGCAGCACAUGGCUCAUCCUGACGCUUCCACCACUAAUGGAUACACACCUCUGCACAUCUCCGCUCGUGAAGGUCAGAUGGAGACAGCUGCAGUGCUGCUGGAGGCUGGAGCAUCUCACUCACUCACCACCAAGAGUUGGUGCAUUUCUGAUAUUAAAAGGAAGAAUGUCAAUGCAAAAACUAAGAAUGGCUACACACCACUUCACCAAGCUGCUCAGCAGGGAAAUACGCACAUUAUCAAUGUCCUGCUGCAGCAUGGAGCCAAGCCUAAUGCAGUCACUAUGAAUGGGAACACAGCACUCUCUAUUGCUAAGCGUCUGGGGUACAUCUCAGUGGUGGACACUCUGAAAGUUGUUACUGAGGAAAUAAUCACAACGACAACCACGGUGACAGAGAAACACAAGCUGAACGUUCCAGAGACAAUGACAGAAGUUCUAGAUGUGUCUGAUGAGGAGGGUGAGGACACAAUGACAGGUGAUGGAGGGGAAUACCUGAGAGCAGAGGACCUGAGAGAGCUUGGUGAUGACUCUCUACCUGGGCACUACCUGGACAACAUGAGCUACACCCAUAACUUAGACCGGUCCCAUGAGACCCCCAGUCAUCUUGCUUACAGGGGUGAAGGAAUGCUGAUUGAGGAUAUGAUCACAAGCCACCAGCGUAAUAAGGUUUCUGCAUUCUCUCGAGAACAUGAGUCAUAUCGAUUGAGCUGGGGUGCUGAACAUCUGGAUAAUGUGGUGCUAACUAGCACUCUUCUGCAGUCAGGCCGAUCCACCCCAUGCCUUGACAAUGACAACAGCAGCUUCCUGGUCAGUUUCAUGGUGGAUGCCCGUGGUGGAGCCAUGCGUGGCUGUCGUCACAAUGGACUACGCAUUAUUGUGCCACCUAGAAAGUGCUCAGCACCUACACGGGUCACAUGUCGUCUGGUGAAGAGGCACAGGCUGGCCUCUAUGCCCCCUAUGGUGGAGGGAGAGGGGCUCGCAGGCAAGCUCAUUGAAGUUGGACCCACUGGAGCCCAGUUUCUUGGUAAACUCCACCUCCCAACAGCCCCUCCUCCUCUUAAUGAGGGUGAAAGUCUUGUCAGCAGAAUUCUGCAGCUGGGUCCACCCGGCACCAAAUUCCUCGGGCCUGUGAUAGUGGAGAUCCCCCACUUUGCUGCAUUGCGUGGGACAGAGAGGGAGUUGGUGAUUCUGCGCAGUGAGACAGGAGAGAGCUGGAGAGAACAUCACUGUGAGCAUACAGAAGAGGAGCUGAAUCAGAUACUCAAUGGCAUGGAUGAGGAACUGGACACUCCCGAGGAGCUGGAGAAAAGGCGAAUCUGCCGCAUCAUCACACGGGAUUUCCCACAAUACUUUGCAGUGGUGUCCCGCAUUAAGCAGGACAGUCAUCUGAUCGGUCCAGAGGGUGGGGUGUUAAGCAGCAUACUUGUUCCACAGGUCCAGGCUGUGUUCCCAGAGGGAGCAUUGACUAAACGGAUACGCGUUGGGCUACAGGCCCAGCCAAUCAGUGAGGAUCUGGUGAGGAAGAUCUUGGGUAAUAAGGCUACAUUCAGCCCAAUUGUUACUUUGGAGCCCAGAAGACGCAAGUUUCACAAGCCCAUCACCAUGACUAUUACUGUCCCUAAAAGCCCAACCAGUGACGGGACAAGCAGUACCCCCACUCUACGACUAUUAUGUAGCAUUACUGGUGGGACGACUCCAGCACAAUGGGAGGACAUAACUGGAUCCACACCGCUAACAUUCAUCAACCAGUGUGUUUCAUUUACCACUAAUGUGUCAGCAAGGUUCUGGCUUAUAGAUUGCCGUCAGAUCCAGGAGGCUGUGAACUUCUCCAGUCAGCUGUAUCGCGAGAUCAUCUGUGUUCCCUAUAUGGCCAAGUUUGUCAUCUUUGCCAAGACAUUGGACCCUAUAGAAGCACGACUCCGCUGCUUCUGUAUGACGGAUGAUAAGAUGGAUAAAACUCUGGAGCAGCAGGAGAACUUCACUGAAGUGGCUCGUAGUCGAGAUGUCGAGGUUCUAGAGGGAAAGCCAAUCUUUGCAGACUGCUUUGGAAAUUUGGUCCCACUGACCAAAAGUGGACAGCACCAUGUGUUCAGCUUCUAUGCCUUUAAGGAAAACCGUCUUUCUCUCUUUAUCAAAAUUCGUGACAGCACUCAAGAACCAUGUGGCAGAUUGUCUUUUACAAAAGAACCAAGAACGUAUCGCAGUCUAAACCACAAUGCAAUAUGCAAUCUGAACAUCUGCCUACCUGUUUACUCAAAGGAAUCUGAUUCUGACCAAGAUGCAGAUGAUGAGAGUGAGAAGACACAUGAGCAAUAUUAUGAUGGAUCUGAGUCAACAGAGCUUUCCAUGCUGCAAAUCAUACAUGAUCCUGCCACACUCGCAAGUCCAGAUCUACUUUCAGAGGUUUCUGAAAUGAAGCAGGACCUGAUUAAAGUGUCAGUCCUUCAUACCUCUGAAAAGUCAGAAAAAUCGUGCUCCUCUGAUGCCGGAGAGCGAUCAGACAAGGCUGGGGAUGAGGAAGUGGAUGAGCCAUUUGAAAUUGUUGAAAAAGUGAAAGAGGACUUAGAGAAGGUAGAAGAGAUUCUUCGUGACAGAACAAUGGAUGAUACAAAAGGGGGAGUUGCUAUUGGGAGAUCUGUAACCAUUGAUGAUGAGGAGUGGGUCCUUCUCAGAGUGACAGAUGUUGCGGAAUCCAAAAGCAAAAAUAUCACUGAAGUCCAAGAGGCACUCGUUCAGGAAGUUCGAAUCACAAGAGACAUUAUAUCCAAUUCUCCUCCUCAGAGGGAUAUUUCAGGUAUGAUUUCAUAUCUCAGCAGUGACUUAGAACAGUGUCUGCAGGAAACGCCUGUACCAUUUAAUGAUUCGCAAGAUGAGGAUAGUGUUCAAGAAAGUUUUAAAGAGGUUGUUGUGACACGUAGUAAACACCGUCCAGCAGGAAUCAAAAAGCCAGCAAGGAAAAGGCGUAAAGAGAGGGAGUUUGCAAGCGGCAGUUCAGAGGAUGACUUGGAAAGUAUGAGUAGGAGUCAGUCUGAGGAGUCUCUUGAAGAAGAUGCAGUUAUCGGUGGAUCUGAACCUGUCUUUGGACAUGUUCCUGUGUCUCCUAGAGUUGUAGAAACUCCGAUUGGAUCCAUUAAGGACAAGGUUAAUGCACUGCAGAAGAAGGUUGAAGAAGAGAAUGAGGGGGACAGUCAAAAGUGGAAAUCACAAAAAGUCAGUACUUCCCAGAGUAAGCCAUAUGUCACAGAGACAGAAAAACCAGCCAAGCUUCCUCCAAAAUCCCUCAGAUCCCCAAAGUCACAGACGGAACAGCUAGAGGAAACUAGGUCUGUAAGAGAGCUGAUGAAGGCUUUUCAGACUGGCCAGGAUCCAUCAAAAAGCAAGUCUGGACUUUUUGAACAUAAAGCAAUGACUGUAACCUCUGAAGCAGCACGUUCUGAUGUGAUACAAGUUCCCCCAACAUAUGAUAGCCAAAUGACACUACCAACUCAACGUUUACAAGAAAGAACAAUUACAACUGUAACCUCUGAAAUGCCAAGUCCUAAUGUGGUGCAGAUUCCCCCAACAUAUGGUAGUCAAACAACAGCAACAACUCAACAUUUACAAGAAAGAACAAUUACAACUGUAACCUCUGAAAUGCCAAGUCCUAAUGUGGUGCAGAUUCCCCCAACAUAUGGUAGUCAAACAACAGCAACAACUCAACAUUUACAAGAAAGAACAAUUACAACUGUAACCUCUGAAAUGCCAAGUCCUAAUGUGGUGCAGAUUCCCCCAACAUAUGGUAGUCAAACAACAGCAACAACUCAACAUUUACAAGAAAGAACAAUUACAACUGUAACCUCUGAAAUGCCAAGUCCUAAUGUGGUGCAGAUUCCCACAACAUAUGAUAGCCAAAUGACAGCAACAACUCAAUAUUUACAAGAAAGAGCAAUUACAACUAUUCCCUCUGAAGCAAGUUCUGAUGUGAUGCAGGUUCCUCCAACAUAUGAUAACCAAAUUCCAGAAUCAACCCAGCAUUUACAAGAAAAAAUUGUAGUAGAAAACAAGAUACUUCAAGAAUCAUCACAUAUUGACCAAAACACAAUUCAGCAUAAACCAGUGAUCGAUGAUGGUGAAGCAGUUCAUGAAAAACCACUAACAAUCAUCCAAAUCGAAGGUGAUCAUGCUGUAACUUCCAACAUUAUCUUUAACUUUGAAGAGAAAAGCUCUCCAGAAGACCUGCUCGGUAAACAUACAGCAAAUGACCAAAAUGGAAAACCAUUACAGGAACCAGAAACUGAGGAACAACAAAUAUGUUCUGAACUAUUAAGUAACGAAGACCCGCGGUUGAUACGUGAGAGAAUGUAUUAUGAAAAUAACAUCUACCAGAACAGGAGAUUGUCUGUGGAACCUCAGAUCAGCCCAGACAGGAAACCAUCAGAGGAUUUCAGUGCAGAUAUUAAGGCAGAACUUGAGGAAAAUCCUGAAUAUCUGCUCUUUAGGCGAACUUCAGGUGAAGCAAGUAAAUAUGAUUUAAUGUGUAGUGAUGGCCUUUCUUUGGAAGACGAGGAGCAGAUACACCAGGCAGCAGUGGAUCCAAGUAAAUCAAACAUAAUCACCGCAUUUGCUACUGCAAUGGUGCAAGGUGAACCCUUACUUCAAAGUGAAAUACAUGAUGGAGCAUUGGAAGAAAGUCUUGAUAGUGACAAACACGAGGCCUUAGCUGACUCUCCUGGCAAUAGUAUAGGGACAAGGACUCCUCACUCCAGCACAGGUGACAGUGAGAAACAUUUGGGACUUGCUGAAACCCCUCAAAAUAGUCCAGAAGUCGUUUUUUCUUCCAGUACAACUAGUACAGAAACAGAAGACAGAUAUCCAGGGGAUCAGGAGACAAUUCACCAAUCAAGAUCGACAUCACAUGAAAGAGCGGAGAGUGACAAGAGUGAAUUAUGUUCAGUAACCUCCAUAAAAAGCAAGACUGAAUCACCUUAUGAUUCUAAGAUUGAAUCAUCUUCUCCAUCCACCAAUAUUGAGUCACCGUCUUCUGCUAAUUCAAAGACAAUAGUUCAAAAUAUAAUUCAAGUUAUGAAAUUAGAGAGUGAAAUAUCAGCACAUAAUAUGAAAAGUGAUUAUACCUGUAAAGAUAGCAUGAAGCUGAUCAAAUUGGAUGUAAUUAGUGAGUCUGAGAAGAUACCACAAUAUAGCCAUCACAGUCAAGAUGCACCAGAGAGACCUUCUAGUUUGGAUUCUCUGCAGCCUGCAACCAUGAGUGAUACUAAAACUCUCUGUAGAAUAGACUCGCUUGAGACUACUCCCAUCAGAGAAGAUGGAUCAUCCCAAAAAUCCCCAGACUCUAUUGAGCCAAGCCCAACCAAGGAGUCCCCAUGUCAAGACUCUUUAGAGGGAAGUCCCACUGGUCAAGAAGCUGGUCAGCUGAGUUACACUGAAAGGGUCUUCUCAACAAGUCAGGCUUUCAUUUCUGACUCUGGGGGAAAAGAAUUAAUUUCUAAACAAAACAUUUACUUAGAAAGUGAGUCAUCCCAAGGUACCCAUGAUACCUUAGAUAUGCAGUACAUUUCCAUGACCCUGGAGCAAAAAGAAAAGGUGAUUGACAGUGGGGAUCUUUAUGACUUUGAUGCUUUACAAAGGCAAUUCACUCCAGAAGAAGAGAUGUUUAAGAUGGCUGCAAAGAUCAAAACAUUUGAUGAAAUGGAAAAGGAUGCAAAAGUUAAAAAGGUAAAAUUUGAUUUUGAUUGUGGUUCUAAACAACCAAAAGAGGAAGAAGUGCUGUCACAACAUAAAAGUUCACUAGAAUUUAACACAAUGUUAACCAUAACAUCAGAAGAGCAGUACUCGGAGAACCCUGCUGAAUCUUGUCCAGUAUUUCCCUUACAUUCCUCAUUGUCAGAUGAUGAUUAUGACAGUCCUGAGUUGGAUGAAUCAACUCACAAGUUCUCAGGAGAAACCACUGAGGUUUUAGAGACCACAGACAAAAUGGAGGAGGUGCAUGCUCAUUUAAAGAUUGUUGAUUUACAGACAUGCAUAGACAUUCCAUCUAUGCAAACACAUGUAGAGAACGAGGAGGAAGACUAUGAACAGUUACCUUCAGAGUACCAUAGUAUAGUGAUUGGUGAGACUACAACUAAGGAGGAUUUCAUUAUUACAUCAGCAGAGAGCAAAAUGGGCAUUGAGAAGGAUGGUGAUGUUGAAUCUACUGGUGAGAGCACAACUUCUGAAAAAGUGCUUUCUCCCAUCGACAAUGUAGGUGCCACCACUGUUACAAAGGUAGUGCAGGAUGAAUCCCAGCCAGAUGUAUGUAUUUAUCAAAAGGACAAUGAAGAGAAGCCAGAAGAAAUCCCACUGUCUAUUCCAAGAGACUUGGUUCCCUGGAGUGCUGAAGUGGAAGACGAUGAGGCAUUCGAUGCAAAAAUUGAGGCUGAGGAGCAGAAAAUACUUGCUUUGUGUAUAGACAGACGUUCUCAUGGAACCCCACCUGACACAACUCCAGGACGAACCCCUACUGAAGAGGGGACACCAAAUCCUUUCCUCUUCCAAGAGGGAAAGCUAUUUGAGAUGACCAGAGGUGGCGCUAUUGACAUGACCAAAAGGACCAUGGAGGAAGAAGAAGAAAGGUUAGUCUUUUUUCCGAUAAAUGAAGAUCCAAGUGAAGAAUUUGAGCAAGUCAAUUUCAGUGCUAGUGAGUCUGUUGCAAUAGCUUCAUUUGAGAUGCCUACAGAUGGUUUAGUUCAUCAAGACAGACUUACUGAGGAACCUGAUGGCUUUAGUAAAACUGGAACCAAACGUGUUCAACCAGAACAUCCAGAACAGAAUGAUUUUCCUAUCCAAAGUGAACCAAAGAGUCCCACGGGGGAUAAUGGAAUCUGUGAAGACACAUUAAUACCGAAUGUUGACACUGCCACUUAUACAGUAACACAAACAGUUUAUUCUGAGCAAGACCCGGAAUCCUCUGACUCUUCAGUGGAAGAUGAACAACAUUCUGUUGUUGAAAUGCCCAUAUCCACCCAAGUAUCUACAAUUUCCCCUAGUGCCUCAGUUCAUACUGUUAGUCAACAACAAUUCCAGACAUCACCUUCAAUGUACACUCCAUCCAAAGACCUUGUUGCUGAAAUUGAAGACACAACAUCUAAACCAAAAAUAGCUUUAAAAGCAGCCAGCUUUGACCAAGUUUUAGAACAAGGGGACUCCAUUGAACAGAAUCAAAGGCCUAAAUCUGUAGCAGAUAUUGGUGACUCAGAAUGGUCCAUGUCUGUUGUAGAUGAUCACACUAAAAUAGACAGCAGCUACACCAAAGCAAAGACUUUAUCCUCCCAGAUGCCUGUUUCACCGACACAGUCUCCUAACCUACAGUAUGCUGUAUCCAGUCAGCCUGAACUUCCUGCUGGAUUCUCUCAGGAUUUGGACUCUUCAAAGAGCACAGAGUGUGAUAAAACCAAAGGAGACAGAGCCUCUGUUGAGUUCAGGAUAGAAAGUAGUUUGAAAGCAAAUCGACCCCCGUCUGUAGGCGAUGAUGUCUUUGAGUCAAGGCCCAACUGGGAAGAUUGUGUGGAGACACAGAUGCAGAGAAUCUCAGACAGCACUACCCCAGACCAAAGUAAAGUGGACUGGCAUGAUGAUGCAGAUAGGAAAGAAGAGACUUUGGCCAUCAUUGCUGACCUUCUAGGUUUUAGUUGGACAGAGCUGGCCAAAGAGUUGGAGUUUAACGAAGAUGAGAUUCAGCAAGUGCGUGCUGAAAACCCAAAUUCACUACAAGAGCAGAGUCAUGCUCUUUUACAGCGCUGGGUAGAGAGAGAAGGAAAGCAUGCAACUGAAGAUACAUUGCUUAAAAGACUCACUAAAAUAAAUCGCAUGGACAUUGUCCAUCUUAUUGAGAUCCAAAUGCACAAGUCAGUUCAGGAGCAAACCUCAAGAACAUAUGCAGAGAUUGAAAGGACCCUGGACCACAGCGAAGCUCUCUCCUCAGUCCAAGAGGAUGGUGACAGUCUUCGGGUGGUGCGGAGAGUGGAGACAUCACAAAGGCAUCCUCCAGCUGUGUCAGAAGAAGACUUAUCUGUGGCCUCUCUCCUUGACAUUCCAUCGUGGGCUGAAACAAUGGGAAACACCCAUUCAGAGAGCAUUCAUGGGGAUAUGAUCGAAGAAUUGGAGAUCAACCAGGACAGCUUCACCAAUCCAUGGCCGUUUCAAGAGAUCAAAAAAGAAUCUACAAAGGAAGAUGCAGAUGAAGAAGUUUCUGCAGAAUCUGAGGAGGAAAUUCAAGCUCAGUGUGACUUUUCUGACCAUGAAAAUGCUUGUCUCUCUUCAUCACCAAUCAUUUUGAACAGUCAGUCAGAAUUCCAACAACAAUCAACGAAGGCUUCUCAAAAUGUCUUUAAUUUCAGUCAGGUAUCUAUUACGAGAUUUUCUUCAAGUGAAAAUUCCGUUUUGUCAACAGUUGACUCUGAACACACAGUACCCGACCUACUGCAACACACUUCCCCAGAGAGUCAAGAAGAAGCAACUCAACUCCAAGAGCAAAAGUAUCAAGAUGAAAGUUCUGUGUGUCUUGAUCAAGUGUCACCUGUAUAUGAAAAAAGUGAUUUAGAAGGAAAUGAAAAAUCAAUAGAGACGCAUGACUUUGAAUCUGAUGAAACUUCUUCAUGUCAUGAAAGCAAAUCAUCUGAAGUUGAUAUUUCGGUUCCUGAGAGCAAUCAAAUAGUAGGCCAAAAUAUUAGUCCUUCAUUUUCCCCUCAUGCUAUUGAAAGGGAGACUGAUGAAGCUGUCUCACAUAGUGUUGAAGUGAAUCCAGGGGUUUCGAGAGUGACUCCAGACCUCAUUAAGGGCUCUCCAGAAUCAGAUCAGGUCUGCCUUACCCCAGAAAUGCUUAGUGAUUUGGAUCCAGUGCCAUCAUUGCAAAGCCAUAGAGUAGAAGAGCACAAUUUUGUUGAAUCCUCUCCUACAACUGACUCUGCAUCAGUGCAGUCUUCUACCCAUCACAAGGUCACAAUUUUAAAUCAAGAACAAUAUAAUACCAACAGCUCCCCACAGGAACCUUCAGAGCCCGAAGUUGAUCCUAGGAUAGACCAACAAACUGAUUCCCAUGAACAACAUCUUCAACUAUUAGAGUCUCCAGAGCAAAAGCCAGAAAACUUUGGAGACCAUUGUGGUGAUCAGGAAGAUGAAUAUAGUCCUGAGGAGGGAAAAGUAUGUACACAAUUGGAUUUAACUACUGAACCUCUCAUAGAUGACACUCAUGACUUUAAGAAAGAACUGGUGUCCCAAUCAGAGACUGACUCGGACAUGUGGAUUCAAAGUGAAACACCUCAGCUGAGUGAAACUUCACCUUUCUGUAAUUCUGACCUCAGUCCACAAACACCAGAAACAGUCAUAACUUGUCAACAUUUUGACUUUAGGGUGAAGUCUUCUGAACUUGGAUCAGCAUCUAUUAAGAAAACUUUUUCACAGGAGGCAGUGGUAUCCAAAGGUUUAAGACGACUGCAAUCUGAAUCAAUAAUUUAUAGUGCAACCCAACAGUCAGAAGAAAAGCAUAUUGACCGGUGUCUCUCAGAGUCCUCCGAUCCUUUGAUGCUCACUCUGAACAUGAAUCCAGCACUUAAGGAAACUGUUUCCCAGGAGGAUGUACUAGCUCCGCCACUCUCUCAGGAUGGCAGAGACAAGACCUUAACUUCCAAAGAUUCCAGACGACUGCUGUCAGACUCAGUCAUGUCUGGUGCAACAUCCCAAAAAUCAGAGGGAAAAUACUCUGCCCGUUGUCUUUCUGACUCUUCUGAGCCCUUGGUUUUCAGCAUGAGUUCCGUGCUUAAGGAACUUACGAAAACAGUUCAACCAGAACAACCAUUGUCUGAUCAAACACUCAGCUCUGAGAUGACUGUUUCAUUAAUUCUUGGUGUAUCCCAAGACACAUUCACAGGGAAGCAGCAAUCAAUGGUUGAAAAAGCAUCAAUCGAGUCACCUAAAUCUCAAAUUGAUCUGAGUGAAAAUGUAAAAUUAGAAGUCACCGAUGUGCCAAAACCUGGCAAAGUUGAAAAACCAAAACACAAAGAUUUACUAAGCAUUGAUCAACAACAUGAUGAUUCUGAUCCUGAGACUUUUUUCGACUGCAAACAGACUAUCUCAGACUAUUCUGAAGCAGAAGAAGACGAACCUGGGAAAGGUGCCAUGGCGCUGAGUAAAAAAGUCUUACGGUCUCCUGUUCAUGAAUUACAACAACCAAAUGUCAGAAGUCCCUCAGGAUACAAGUCAUCCCAUGAGAGCCCUCGCUGGUCAAUCAGGUCAUCAGACAGUGAAGAUUUCAAGGAUUCUCCCAUUAUCCAUGAACCUAAUGAUGAUGCAGAGAAAAAAGAUGUUUACUUUCCAUGGCAGCAGAAAAGUUUGGAAUCAUCUGCACAAACUCCUCAGGAACUUCCUCCUCGAGGAGGGGCUGAGUAUAAUGAUGAUGAUGAUGAUGAUCUGAGGAGGGAGAUUGAUGAGGCAUUAGGUGUGCUGUCGGAUAGCUCUGACGAGGAUGUGGUGGCCACCAGAGUGGUGCGAAGGAGAAUAAUUAUUCAGGGUGAUGAUGUUCCAGAUGUUCCUCCACAGUCUGUAACAGAAGAGCAAUACACAGAUGCACAGGGAAACUUGGUUAUGAAGAAGGUGACCAGGAAGGUCAUUCAACGAUGUGUGUCAUCUGAUGGGGUGGAGACAGAGCAGGUGAGGAUGGAGGGCUCCCCCCAGCAGCCUGUCAAUGUGGCACAAGGGGAUGGAUACUCAAAAGUAAUAAAAAGGACAGUACUGAAGAGCGAAGGACAUCAGACAGAGGUGACUUUCCAUGAGCAAGAUGGCAUGUCAUCUUCCAAGGGUGAAUUUGCUCUAGGUCAAGAGGUCAGACAGGUGGUCCAGACGACGAUGGUACAUGGAGAACAGCUGGAAAAGCAUGAGGGGGAUCCUUAUCUUGCCUCAGACCUGCCCUCAGCCCGGGAGGAUUUCACCCAGGACGAGGAUGCAGAAGUCUAGGACCCACAGGAGAUCAGUAGUGAGGGAUCCUGGGGGACAGAAGCAGGUGUGCGUGGAGCAGAUAGACGAUCGGUCUGAGCCCCAUGACAACCUACAGCAUCACCUCCAUCACCUCAUUCACCACUACUGUGCCCAAAACGACUGAGAAGAAGAGAGGGAGGAAGCCAGAGAAGUCCGAUUGAUGGUUUCCCCCUUCAUUUUACUCUCCCUAUCUCCAUCGCUUCUCUCUUUGAGCCUGUCUGCUCUCCUAACCACUCCUAUGCACCAUGCUCAUGCAGUCCCAGAGUGCACUUCACUCCUGCCACUUCCAGUCUUCCUGUCCAGUCAAACUGGAUGUUUGCCUAGUUUAGGUCAAUGGACAGUAUUUUCUCUCUCCUUAUUUUCCCCAGUUUACCACAAGUGUUGAUCUAUUUCUGUCCUUCAUUGUGACCAAAUGGUGUUCUUUCCUUUCCUUUCCUUUGCUUUUUAAAUCCCUCAGUUAUAACACCAAUGAACACACACACACACAAAUCACAAUAACCAAAAACGUUUUUAUCAAAAGAGAGAGAGAGAGAAAAAAAGUCCUGGUCGUUCAUACUCAGAACAUUUAAGCUUGAACUAACAGAACCUGUACUGCACUGCCUACCACAACUAUUGAAUAUCGUUGCAUUAUAUCACCACAUCAUGACAUGCUAUUUUGAUCUCAGCGGUUGAGAUGUCUGAAAACUUCUUGCCUUCUUUAUCAGCUGUUGGGGUAUCGUGUGUCUGUGUAUUCUAUCCAUGGAGAGUAUAUAUAAUAUGCAUUUUUAAAAUGACAGUAGAUCACAUUAGCCACCUGUAAGGAUAUUAGCAGGCAUGCUUAGCUAGCAGCAGUCACUUAUUAAUAAGACUCUUUCUGUGGUUAGACGACUGUCAUUUUUCUGUUUCUCUUUGUGUCUGUGAUCUGUAGCAAUUCUAGUCGUCAUCAUCAUCACAUUUCAGUGCAGCUUUUUGUUGUAAUAGAACACAUUAACAUGCGCUUUAUGGUUUUAAACUCACUUUAGCAAGCGUUUCAAGAGGGACUCAGGAAGCAAAGGUGGAAUCAAAUUCAAGUAAUCAGUUACACAUAUUCUAUUCUAUUUUUAUCUGAAUUUCUUUUCGUAUGUUUUUUUGAGUUAUUGUGUGUGUGAAAUCAGAAAUUAGAUUUUUAUUUUCAAAUUAUAUUAAUUUUGUUCUGUAGCCUACAUAUUGCUCAAUAUCAGUAUGUGUCGAGGAAUCUUGCUCUGAGGUAUUUAUGAUGGUGAAUGCUUUUAAAAUCUUACUGGUUUCGGAAGUGAGCAUAAGGGAUUUAUGUUUUUUUUUUUAAAGAAUGUUUUAUUUUGAUGUAUUUUGUUUAUUAUACAUAAGUGGGGUAUUCUCUUUAUGAUUCACCAAAUCACAGGUUGGCUUCAGUUGAGACUUUUGGGAAGGAGAGCGUACCAUGUGAUAUUCAAAUGACUUUUCCUUUGAACUGCAGAUUAAUACAGCUGUGUUAGCAGAGGUUGUUUUUGCUGCUGAUCUGAGGCCAGGUCUGCUUUUUUCCCCCUUAUAAUAAUUUGCGUUUGGGGAAACUGGCCCUUGAACAGCAUUUCAAAAGUCAUCCUCUAAACACAGCAAUGUCAUUAAGUUGAACACUGCUACUACUUUCACUGUGACUGGCCCACGUUUGAUUUACUGAAUCCGCAUUCUACGUCUGUGGAGAUAAGAAUAUGCAUAUAUAUAGUACAUAAAUAUCUAUCCAUAAAGGCAUGUAUUAGUUUACUAUAUGACUUUUAAAAAAGACAUUUAAACACUAUACCUUGGCUGCAGUGUGUGUAUAUGGCUGAACGAGAAUAAAAGUGUAUAAGUGUCACACUACGGUCAUUAUUUAAUGGUUGUGUGCGAAGAAAAAGCUGAAACAUGACAUCAUGCUUACAGUACAUAUCACACCUUUAUUGUAUUUUUCAUUAAAUAUGUUGAUUUGCUAGUGCCACCAUGGCAACAAAUUAUGUAGUUCACAUCCUCAUAUUGGCAUUGAGGUUCUGUAAGUAUCAGCAGAGGAAAUGUCUUUAAGAAGAGAAAAAGGAAAACGGAAAGCAUGGUGUUGGCAUAGUCCAGUAGUGGUGAGGUUUUUCCUCAAGGAAGACCGUUCCAUUCCGACAUCACCUUCUAUGACAUCAACUUCUGAUUGAGUGGCGCACAGACACUAAGUCACCACUAGGGCAGUGUGCAUGCUUGUAAAUCAGGCUCGGCUCAAUUUCGCUCUUCUUGCCAUAGGCGAAAAUAAUGUCGGGAUAAAUAAAAAGCUCAAAUAUGUGUGAAAAUGAUACAUGUAGUUUCUCAUAAGCUACUUAUAUUUCUUUUUCUCAUACAGCCAUGAUAUAAAGUCAAAGGAUAAUAUUUUCACAGCCACACAAUAUAGGAAAAUUAAGCUACAUCGAUCUGAAAGUAGGGUGAUACUUCUAGAUAUGUUGGUGGUAAUGAUGAUAAUCGCUAUUAUCAUCAUUACCACAUCAGAUCCUUAUGAUAUUGAUAGAAAUAAACAAUUUGAUAAGGAAACCAUGAAUUAAACAACAUAAACAAGAGCAAAAAGAAACAAAUUAUAGCAUGGUCAUUCAAAAAAUAGUCCUCCGUGCAUUACCCAAUGCUUGUCAAUGUUUGAUGUAUCAUAUAUGCUACAUUCUCUUUGAUAUCUGUUUUUUUUUCUCGUAUUCUAUGACAUAAAAGUAAACAUACAGUCCAUAUUAGUAUUCUGCAGUUCUCUUAAAUCAAAUAAAGUAAAUCAGAAUCUUUACGGAGCCAAACAUUGUAAACUAGCAAAUAUAAACAAAGCUUUUUGACAGCAUUUACUAACAUUUUUAUUUUGCUGUAAGCCAGAAUUUAAAGUACGUAUUUUUAAAAGUUUCUUAAAGGUUUUUUUUUUUUGUAAGAUUUUUAUUUUAUCAUUUUUUUAUCUGAACGAUCACGACAUAUGUACAUCACCAGAACAAAAGCAAGCUCAAUAUUAACACUCUUAUCUUUCAAAAUUUGAUAUAUUGCACACACAUAAAUAGACAUAAAAAUACAGUACAGACUUAGGGAAAGGUGAUUCUCUUUACAUAUCUAUACAUUUAAAAUGCAUACCAAAACAGCUU